GGCGGCGCUUCUAGAACUGGUUUCAGCCACCAGAACAUUUCUAUAAAAGAGACAAGUGGCUCCGAGCUUGCCCCAAUCCCAAAUCGUUGACUGCCGAAUACACAAUGCGUCCACACAUAUUGGAGAUCUUCUGCUGGAGCUGCCUUCUGCUUUUGGCCGUGCCAUCUACAAGAGCGGCUUCGGUCUGGCAGCUGCCCAGCCCCGAGCAGGUGCACGAAGAUCUGGACAGUUGUCGCCUUCAGUCGGAGGGACAGGAUGCGGAGACCUUGAGAUGCCUGGUGGAGAGGCUCGGCCUGUGGUCCGACGAGAGUGGCCACAAUGCAAAGCGCAUAGCAAAGAUCUUUGCUGGCCACAACCAAAUGGAGGAAUUGCAGCUCGUGGUCGAUUUCUGCAACAGGAGGGAGCAGCGUCCAAGUCAGCCUAAUGAAUGGGCCUACCAGGCCUACAAGUGUGCCACAUCAGGAAGAUUUUCUCAUUGGAUCAAGGAUUACAUGAAGCAAAAGAGGGAUGUAUAA